AUGGAAGAGACGGAUGCGAUCAUGCCAACGUCACUCGAACUCACCCUGAGCAUCUCGUACUCGGGUCAAUCGCACUUCGUGACGAUGACGACAUCCUCGACCCUAUCCUCGCUCCAAGCCGAACUCGAACAGCACUUCAACGUGCCCGUGUCGGCUCAAAAGCUCUUGAUGAAAGGUCGUAAAUUGGAUACCACGAACCAAGACGUAACACUCUGCACCUUCAUUGGCACCUCGGCGUCGUCGUCGAGCUCGAGUUCAGCUUCGUCAGCGAUCAAGCUGCUCUUGAUAGGACCUCACUUCGACUCACUCAAGCAACUCCAACAACGUGACGAGCUUCAAGCAUCAAAACGAGCCGCAUUCGAAUACCACAAGGCCCACAGACCACCUCCCGUAGCCAAGACGGGUUCCGCAAAAUUCGCCAGUCUCGGCACGAUCGAGGAUCAAGGGGACAUGUACAAGUUCCAUAGGAUCGCACCCUUCCCACCGCAGGUCCCGUCGGAGCAAGCGAGGAAGAAGAUGUUGGACAAGUUGGAUCAGGAUCCGGGGGUCAAGUGGUUGAUGAAGCAGCAUCGAUUUGUGGUGGGAACGCUGUGAGUAGUUUGACUACCGAGACGGAGCAGGCGGUGGUGCAAGCCUUGGUCGAAGAAGGGGUUACUGAGAGGAAUCCAUACAACUCCACCAGUACCGAGCUACAUCCCCUCAAGGAUCCGACCAUCCUGGGCUUGAACAAGAACGCAGGACAAGAGAUUUGCUUGCGAUUGUUGACCGACGACCUGUCAGGUCUGUGCCAGUUCGUGUGAGGGCAGAUUGGAAAAGACCGCGACUUGACGAGAUGUUUCCCAAUAUACUCUCUUCAGGUACACGGGCCUAUCUGGACGUUCGAAAAGUGUUGCUGCACGAACUAGCGCAUAAUCGGUUCGGUCCUCAGUACGCAAUUGCUGCAUACGUCUUCCGACUGUCCUCUCAAGGCAAUACACUGACUCGUUCCUUCCCUCUCUACAGUGACAAUGAUUUCAAAGAGCUCAAUUCGUUACUCAAUCGCGAACUGAACGAAUACGAGACCAAACACGGCCUCAUCACGCCGGAAGGACUGAUCGCUCGUUCACGAGCCUGGGAACCCGAUCCUUCUCAACAAGAGAAGGAGGAACCCAAGCGGACUGCGAGGAGAUUGGACGAAGAGGAGGAAGAGAAGAGUCUGGCGUCGAGGGUGAGGGAUCUGAAGUGGAUAGAGGAGGAGGAAGUAGAGAUGAGGAGGGAGAGGGUCAGGAUUGCUGCGGAGGAGAGGAUGAGGAGGCAGGCGCAGGGAUGA